UCACUACAUCUGGGAGAGGAAGUGUUUGAUGUUUAUGCUAUGCCAUUACAAGGAGAUUUUAACCAUUUAUUUGUACGUCAAGGUACAGGUUUACAAGGACAAUCUGUUUUUAAAACUAAACUAGCUUUUAGACCUCAUUCUACAGAGUCAUUUACACAUCGUAAGAUGACCAUGUCAUUAGCUGAUAGAUCUAAUAAAACACAGAAAGUUAAAAUGUUACCUAUUACUGGUCAUGAUCCAGAACAGAAUAGAUCAGAAAUGAUAAAGAAAGAAGAAGAAAGAUUACGAGCUUCAAUCAGACGUGAAAGUCAACAGAGAAGAAUGAGAGAGAAAGCUCAUGCACGAGGUUUAAAUGCUGGGUAUUUAGAAGGUUAUGAAGAUGAAGAAGAUGAUGAUGAAAUGUCUAUCUCAGCUAUUAAAAGAAAAUAUAAAGAAGGCGUC